UCAAUUAUUUAGGGGGUCGCUGGGCUGUCAUCCCCCAAAAAACUAGGGUUUUAAAAAGGUUUCUUCUUUUCCUCUUCCUCCGCCAGACUCUUAUUCUCUUUUACUUGCGAAGAUGAGCAGCGACAAGGUCAACAACUUGAACAUGUCCGAUCUCACUGCCGCUCUUAACGAGGAGGAUAGAGCUGGGCUUGUCAAUGCUCUUAAGAACAAGUUGCAGAAUUUGGCUGGACAACACUCUGAUGUCCUUGAGAACUUGAGUCCUGCCGUCAGGAAGCGUGUCGAGGUUCUUAGAGAGAUUCAGAACCAACAUGAUGAAAUCGAAGCCAAGUUUUUCGAGGAGAGGGCAGCUCUAGAAGCUAAAUAUCAGAAAUUGUAUCAGCCUUUCUAUACCAAGCGAUAUGAGAUUGUCACUGGUGUGGUUGAAGUUGAAGGUGGACCAGAAGAAGUGAAAACUGAACAAGGAGAAGAUAAAGCCGCUGAAGAGAAAGGAGUACCUGAUUUCUGGCUUAUUGCACUGAAGAACAAUGAAAUUACCGCUGAGGAGAUAACUGAGCGAGACGAAGGAGCUCUCAAGUAUCUCAAAGACAUCAAGUGGAACAAGGUUGAAGAACCAAAAGGGUUCAAGCUCGAUUUUUUCUUUGAUGAGAACCCUUACUUUAAGAACACUGUCUUGUCAAAGACAUAUCACAUGAUUGAUGAAGAUGAGCCUAUCCUCGAAAAGGCCAUUGGGACGGAGAUCGAGUGGUAUCCUGGAAAAUGUUUGACUCAGAAGAUCCUUAAAAAGAAGCCGAAGAAGGGAUCUAAAAACACAAAGCCGAUCACUAAGACUGAGGACUGUGAGAGUUUCUUCAACUUUUUCAGUCCACCUCAGGUUCCUGAUGACGAGGAUGAUCUUGAUGAUGACAUGGCUGAGGAACUUCAAGGUCAAAUGGAGCACGACUAUGAUAUUGGAUCAACCAUUAAAGAGAAAAUAAUCUCGCAUGCGGUGUCAUGGUUCACUGGGGAAGCUGUUGACCCAGAUGACCUUGAGAUGGAUGACGAUGAUGAUGAGAUUGAUGAAGAUGAUGAUGAGGACGAGGAAGACGAUGAGGAGGAUGAGGAAGACGAUGAUGAGGACGAGGAAGAAGAACAAGGAAAGAAGUCAUCAGCUGGGCACAAGAAGUCUGGAAGAAGUCAGCUUGCCGAAGGCCAACAAGGUGAGAGACCACCGGAGUGUAAGCAGCAGUGAGGAGUCUUCUUUACCGGCGAAGAAGCUGCUUCUUAUUUAUGAAGAAGAAGAAAGAAAAGAGUCAGGUCUUUGAGACUAGGUCGUGUUUCUUAAUUUGGAGAGUCAUGGUCCAGUUUUUAUGAUAUCAAGUUUUGGGUGGUGGUUUGCUUUUUUCUUUUUUUAUUAAAAAUGUUCUUUGGUUUGGUUAUCGUGUGUUCUCAAUGAACUGGUCUGAAUUAUAGAACUUGUCGAUUUGGUCAAA